GCGCGCAGCGGAAUGACAUUGAGGUGUACAGCAACGAGUGCGUGUACCCUGACAACCCGGCGUACGCACUGGGGUUAGUGGCGGCCCUCCUGCUGCUGGUGGCCCAGAUCACCGCCUCGGCCGUCGGCGGUUGCUGCGGCCGCUGCAUGCCUCGGGGCGCCGGCUUCUCCGGGUCCAAGCCCGUUGCCAAGUCCAAGCGGGCCACCGGCGCCGCCCUCUGCGUCCUCUCAUGGAUAAUGGCGUUGAUCGCGGAGCGGUUCUUCUUGCUAGGUGCGGCGAGGAACAUCCCCAUGACGCGCGAAACUAGCCAGGGCCGGGGCUGUCACCCCGUCAAGGACGGCGUCUUCAUGAUGGGGGCCGUUCUUAGCAUCGUCGCCACCGUGCUCGGGAUCAUAUCUUACAUCAUGCUUUACGCGGCGGCGGCAGGUGCUAAUACUACUACUAGUACAAUGAGGGCCGUGGCGGGCCCGUCGCCGGCAGGCGAGAUCAACCAUGACGGGAUCGCGAUCGGCCACCCUGUUGCCGCUCAACAACACGCACAAGCUGUGUAGAGGGCGUACUCUUGCUUCUACCAUCUGGACGGGUGGUGAAGAAUUGCAAGCCGACGUUACAUGGAGUGAUGCCCCAAGUGAUACCA